AUGUCUCAUACUCGAACUAUUUUUCAACUCGACUCUCAGCCAACGUGGUUUGAGAACAUCACUCUCAGACCCAGCAGAACCAUCUUGGCAACUCGCCUCGAUGUCCCCGAGAUCUGGGAAAUUGAUCCCGAGAAAUCAACUGGCUUCAAGAUCCUACGCAUCCCCCUUCCAGAUGACAUCCCGAACCCAGCACUCACCGGCAUCUGUUGUCUCAAACCUGAUGUCUUCGCGGUAGCUGCAGGCUCAUUUGACAUGAUCGGAGGUGCCAAACCUAAGCCUGGAUCAUGGAGUAUUUGGGUCGCAGAUCUCGCUGGUGAACAGGCAAAGGUGACCAAGAUAGCCGAUAUGCCUGAGAUUGGCAUGAUCAACGGCAUAGCGACAUGGAAUGAAAACACUGCGCUCGUCACAGAUUGCCUCUAUGGCAAAGUAUACAAGCUCAGUGUUGCCACAGGAUCAUACAACGUUACUUUGGAAGACGACACAUUUACAAUUCCAGCUGAUGCCCCUUUUCAAGUUGGCCUUAAUGGUAUCAAAAUCCAUCGCUUCUCAGAGCAAACUCAUGUCUAUUACACGGCGACAAGCCGUUUCUGUGUAUACCGCGUACCCGUUACACAAGAAGCCCAGGCUGCAGGUCCUGUUGAAACGCUUGCGCCGGGACUUGUCGCGGAUGAUUUCGCUGUAGCUCACGAUGGGACCAUGUACGUGUGCACCAACAUAUCCAACACGGUGGUACGAAUCCACGCUACUGGCGGAGACGCUGUCGUGGUGGCAGGCGAAGCAAAGGCGUUCGACGUCGCAGGCUCAACAGUGUGCGUGCUUGGUGAGGACGGGGGAGUUCUGUACGUUUCGACUUCUGGAGCAAAUGCAGUGCCUGUGGAUGGGAAGACAGAGCCAGCGAAGAUCGUUGAAGUGAAGCUUAGCUAGUUUUUUUCUUCUUGGGUAUAAUCUGUAGGUACAGAGACAAGUUCAAGGCGUGUAUUCAAG